CAACGGUCGAGGGAGAGCAGGGGGGGAGGACACGAAGAUUAUAUCAAGUGGAAUUGACAAGCCGCCUAACUCAGUUCACGAGUACUACUCAGUGAUAGUGUCAUGGAUAUCCACCGAGUUUAAGAGCAACAGCGGAUUUUGGGAGCCCAGUUUGAGUACCGCUAUCAUCUGAAGUCGGAUAUCGUAAUCACUGCAAUGACUGAGCCCUCAAAACCGCCUUUAGGGAGGAGAAUGAAGCCACGUGCCCCACCUCCACCACAGGCCCCUCAACCUGCCCCGCGCCACAUCUUUAGAAACACUGUACCUGACGGGGGAGGGGAGAAUGUUGGGGGCUUGGAUGCCAAAGAGAACCUGCUGAGGCCCACUGUGGAUUUACAGCUAACCCUACCACAGGGAUACCAGAUUUCUGUAACUGAGGAUGGCAGUAAAGCGCUGAUGGACCUGCUGGUUGAGCUGUGUAGCUGCUACCACCUAAAUCCAGCAUUGCACACCCUUGAGCUGCUGUCGCCCGAGGGCCAGCCUUUGGGGUUCAAGCCUAACACGCUGCUGGGCUCCCUCAACGUAGCCUGUGCCCUCAUCAAGGAGAAAGUCUUGGAGGAGAAAGUGGCGCGCAGACCGGCGCCCAAAGUGCCAGAGAAAACUGUGCGUUUGAUGGUGAACUACCACAGCAGCCAGAAGACCGUGGUACGGGUCAACCCGUUGGUACCACUUCAGGCUCUGAUACCAGUCAUCUGUGACAAGUGUGAGUUUGACCCUUCACAUGUCCUGCUCCUGAAGGACAGCAUCAGUCGCCACGAAUUACCACUGGAUAAAUCUCUAACACAGCUGGGGAUCAAGGAGCUCUACGCACUCGAUCAGAGUUUAGAUUCCCUUUGCUCCAGCACUACCAGUUUGGGCAGACAGGAGAAGAAAGGCCUCCUGGGUAUCUUCCAGUUUGGCAGGAGGAAGUCCAAGACAGAGACAACAUCUACGGACAUGGAUGACUCUGAUGAUAAAGUAAUCCAAAAUACAGACACACACUCCAAUAUUUCACAUUGUUUUCCAGAGGGAAGGAGUAGCAGAGAACAGGGUCUGCCCACAGUGUCAAGGGUGCCCUGUGUAGAAGAUCGGCCCAGCACCUUGGGCCAAUCUCAGUCAGUCAUGAACAUCUCCGGGACGUCUCCCAAGUUUGACGCCAAGAAGAGGAGGGCCCCGGCACCACCUGGGGCCCCAACACCCACCAUGGGACACACUAGCUUUGAGAACUAUCAGAUGGGCCUUGGCUCAGAAAGCCAGCAGAGGAAAAGAAAGGCUCCAGCCCCUCCUCCCACCCCAAUUUCCAUCACUCCAGGCCCUGACGAUACAUCAACCUCUGCUGCGCCCACGCCUGAUAGCCCUGCAACUGAAACACCCACCCCAGCCUUCCGCACCAAGGUGGCACAGUCAACCACAGUCUGUACUACCACUGUUGUAACGCAGACAGUGAAACCAGCCCCCCUGACAACAGCAGUACAACCUCUACCUGUGUGCACUGACACUGCACCCCCCAAGUCCCCAACCCCAAGCAGCAGCACCACCGACAGCCUAGCAGUCCAGGAUUCCAGCUCUGAACUCAGUCACAGCCUUGACGACUCAGACCUUGACCCAGAUCAAAGCAGUUCCCUCUGCAGCACCCUCACCAGCAGCACAGUGAGCGGGUCUGUGCGGGUCCAGCCCACUAUGAGAAGCUCCAGCAGCAGAAUGGAGGAGUCAGAGGAGGUCAGCAGCGUGGCUGUCGAAUUAAAUCAAGAGGUGACUUCAGCCAGCAGCUCCAGGUCGGAGACUGAGUCGGCCCUCAACCUGAAAAUGGAUGAAGUUGAGAACAACAGAAACAGCGCAGUGGGAACCACUGAUCGACCAGCUCCACCCAAACCUCGCCGUUCCCCAGUCCAGGAACCACCACAGCUUGUCCUACCCCCUCCCCUGUCCUCCCCUCCCAUUGAACCCACAGACAGCAACUCCCCACAGAGAACCAUGGAGGUGGAGGAAGCAGCUCCCCAGUCCUGGCUCCACUCCAUGCAGAGCUCCACAGCCAGUGGCCAGACCCCAGAAACUGAAACACCUGAGGAGGAGACUUUGUCCUUGGGUAGCAGCAGCAGUGGCAGUAGCCUGCCAGACCAGGGUUACGCCGCUUCAGAGGGCAUGGCAGAGGGUGAGGACUCAGGCUUGGUUAGCUCCCCAUCUGACACCCAACCCACAUCCCCAGAUGGGAGUUUGUCUCUGGAUGGAAGUAGUGGAGGCAGAGGAGAGAGACUGCUCGGACCAGUACGGGAGAAUUCCAGUGACAGUGAUGAGGGAUGUGCCACCUGGGGAUCAAGUCACAGACACAAUGACAUCAGCCCACAGGCAAAGUCAGGCAGGUUAAAGGACAGCUAUGAAGAGGAUCGAGAACUCACAGCCCAGCUCCAUCAGACUUUGGCAGAUUUUGAAGCAGACCUUGCAGAUAUAGUCUCAGCAAAGGAGGCUUCCUACACUAUGUCCACAGAGAGUAAUGAGGUGCCGGUGUCUGUAGUAGACAUGGAUGUGCCAGUCACAGCCAUAGAUGAAGUGCUGGAGGACUAUGGAUCUAAUGUUGUAGAAUAUGAUGCAAAGUUACUUAUCAGGACUGAGUCAGCUCACAGCAAAGGUCCAAGCGGUGCUGUGGAGCUACAGAACAAAAACAACAAUGCUUGUACAGCUGCUGAUGGUAAUAAAAGCAGCAGUACAAAUACUACGCAGCCUUCUCGACCUGAGCAGCAUAAGAAGUCACUGGAGAAGUCUGUAGGUGAUAAAAAGGAAGAAAAGAUAUUAGAGACAAAAGUUGAAGCGAUGACUAUCACUGAUACUAACAGUUUGAAAGAGGAUAAACAAAGAACAUCAGCAGUGAAAUCUAAUGCUGAGACACAGAAACACAGCAAGAACACUCAGAUCAAACUUGAUCCUGUGAAGAGUAACGCUCAGUGUUUCCAAGAGAAGAAACCUGUUCUGCCACCAACCAGUCAGAGAUUAACGUCUACAGAAAGAGAUGAAGAGAGACACAGAGUUUACCAAAAUAACUCCAGCUCUAGUACUUCACACAGUAAAAUCACUCACAAUGUUACAUCACGCUUUGGUAUGAAAACUUUCACCGUGGUUCCUCCCAAACACUCUGUCAUGCAUGCUGCUGUGGAAAAGCCAGCAUCAACUGUCGGUGCCAUUAAGAUUGACGAGCAAGGAAAUAUGGUAAAAACGGGUAUCUCCCACAACAAAGUUGGUGGUUCAUCAGAGUCGGGGAGUAAUUGCAGCGAGGGGUCUCCCCUUCUUGGAAAAGCCAAAGCUUUUUGGAGCUCAAAUGAAAAACAAGAAAGCGCUGUUCCCCAGAGCAAAGGUCUGAUUGACAAGGCUAAGGAGAGCACAGAUGACAUGAAAAGUACUCACACUGCAGUAUCAAAAACUAUGUUGAAGACCGGUAACGCAGAGGACCUGAAAACGACACAGAGUACCCUUAAUAAACCUGCAGAGAGAGCCCAGCCUAAAGAGGGCGUUAAAGAAGAAGUUAAUGAACCAGUGAAAGACGUCAAAGUUGCAAAAGAGGAACGGGUAGAAGUGGAGAGCAAGAUUUCAGUGUCCAAAAAUGUUCAGCAGCCAAGUAAUAGACCUACCCUUACCCCUCCUCUCCUUCCAGACCUGAAAAGAGACCUGUCCUUCCUCAAACCAUCCAGGCGAACCUCAAGCCAGUACGUAGCAUCUGCCAUCACUAAAUACACCCCAAAGACCUCAGCUAAACCCAACUUCAUCCCUUACACCCCUGAAUCCUCUGCUCCAUUAAAAACACAGAGUACAAGCUUCCAGAGAUCGGGUCGGUCCAUACAAGUGAAUCCACACCAAUCUUCCAUGACAUCUCUGUCAGAUAAUAAGGAAAAUGAUUCUGGUUCUAAACCUCCUGGUCCUAAGAGGUCUAUGAGCUACCCUGAGAAUGUGUCGGAUAGCCAGAGAGAUUUUGGAGAAGUGAGACAGGACAGGGGAGGAUUUGGAAAUUGUGUUGGAUCCACCAAAGGAAGCUCUAAUACGCUAGGAACAGCAACAGCCAAGUAUACUCAGUCCAGUGGCCCCACCCAAAUAAAUGUGACCGCCAGCAAUGACAGAGACAAUAUUAAACAUAUUCAGGGCAGAAGUCCCAGCCCUUCACAAAGCAGUCCUCUACAGUCAUCUACCAAACCACCCACAGCCCCCAAGACUGUAUCCCAAGGACAGACAAGUAAUACGAGGGACAUGAGCAAGACAGCUACCCAUCUAACACCUGAUGCAAAACCAGAACCUUCAGUUACCGCAGCAGAUAGUGGUAUGGUACCUGGGCUUCUGCCAGUGACAGUGUUUGGGCCAGUUAAAACGUUCAGACCAGUGAUCUGUAAAUCUGUUGAGAAAGAGACAUCUCUGCACAGCAGCCUGAUGGAGGCAAUCCAGACAGGUGGAGGCAAGGACAGGCUCAAGAAGAUAUCCACCUCUGGUCCCAGCAACUUGAAGAAACCCUCUUAUGCUGAGGAGGAGAAUGAGAGGUCUGCUCUUCUGGCUGCCAUUAGAGGUCAGAGCAACUCCGGAAGGCUGAGGAAGACCAAAUCUGAGGCUGCUGAUGAGCUUGAGAAGUUCAGGAACGUGGCUUCUGAGGAGGAAAAAAGCACAGACCUUCCCUCCUCCUCCUCCACCUCUCCUCCCUCUUUGACCUGCACUUCUCCUGUCUUCACCCCACCACCACCGCCACCCGUGUUUGCACCUCCACCUCCUCCCCCUGUCUUGCCACAGGGUAAACCUACCAUUGUGGCACAUCCAAGUGCUAACACCCCCGUGAAUCCUGGCUUGGCCAGAGAGGCUAUGCUGGAGGCCAUCCGCUCUGGAUCUGCUGCUGAGAGGCUAAAAAAGGUCGCGGCGCCCACAAAGACAGUCCAAGUGAAUGGCAGACUGGGAACAAUCCAAGCAACCUCCUCAACAGUCCCUCAGAAAUAAGUGGGGAAGCCUACAUCACUGCAACAAGAAAUAAUUUAUCAAAUUCCAUCAUAGUUUUUGUUUUUUGGCCACUGUGCUUUUGAAACAGACAUUUGGAAAACUGGGCUGAGUCAUAUUUUGAGUGAAUGUUAUUUGAAAGUUUGAGGGAAAAGCUGAUGGAUGACACAAAUAAUUCUACAUGCUAUCUAGAUUAAAAGAAUAUUCAAGAAGUGCUUCACAGCUGGCUGCCAGUCUGGGGCCUCAUGCUUAAACUAAUGCAGCAAGGCGGGAGACUGUUAUUUUUACUCAUAUUCUCCACUGUAAGCAUUUCUUUAUACAAGAGGAAUGUUGCUCUGUUAGUAGCCAAACACCUGCAACAUCUGCCCAAUAAAGUUGUCAGAGGUGAAAGGUUUGCAGUUAAUUCCACUCAUAAUAUCAGCUUCUAACAAUAGCUUGCUGGAAAUUGUUUGUGUCCAUCUUUAUAGCGUAUCGCUGUUCCUAAACAUAUCUUGCACUCUGUACUUGAAUUCAGUAGUUUUAACCAGAGCGUUGUACAAAAUGUGUGCCAAUGAAAGAAGAAUAUUUGAAAUUUAAAAGGUUUAAAUGCUAUUUCCAGAUCAUAUUUUUUGUUCUGAUCUUUUUUAUUUGCUUUUACCAUAGUUAAGAUAUGGAUGCCUUAUACUGUUGCUCAGUCAGUGUUAUGUAUAUGAUGUUUUCUGUAAAAAAUUAUAUAUGGUAAGUUGGAGGUGAUAAUGUUUCCAGAUUUGGACUAUUUAAUAUUUGUUUAACAAAUUAAGAUCAUUGAAAAGUGAAAUACACUUAAGUAAACAAUGGAUAGAUCCAUUGACAAUGUUUGUUGUUGUUGUUGUUGUUGUUGUUUUUUAAAGUGCAUUAUUUUACUCAGAUCUGGUUCAUAAUGCCAACUUCUACAGUUCUUGACUAAGAGAAGGAGUAAAAUGGUGGUGCCUGACUUGUGCCUGUUAGCUCAUGAUGCUCCUGUUUUGGCCCCUAACCUUAAUUUGUGCUGCUGUUUAAAACUUAAAGAGAUUGUCAUACAUGUACAAGGUCAGCACCCUGCAGAAACUUCUAUUUGCAUAGUGGCAAUAUAACUGACCAUGCAUUUGAUGCUUGAUAUAUUACAUACUGUAUAUAAAGAGAUCACUGUUAUAGAAGCAUAUGAAUGGUGGAUGCCACCAUGAGCAAAGAGAUAAGUUCAUUAAUCAGCAGAAUGUAAUGGCUACAAAACCAGCAGUUGUAAUAAUACUGUAGGAAAGCAGUAGUUCAGGGUAUCUGUGGCCUUGAUUUAGGAAAGUAUUAUUGCAUUUCAUUCCUCUACUCUGAAUGUAAAGUUUACAUUAUAGAGUAGCUCUGACUGAUUUAUGGAGAGUGGACUGCUGCCAUUAAAUGGUACAGUUAUGGAUGCGUAUGUAUGUGCUGAAUAAUCUUUAGAAUGAAAACCGAAAUGAUAAAACUUAAAGCAUCCAUGUUCAGGUGUAAAUGCUAGCUGCUGUGUAAUAUGAUAUAUAUUUGAGUAAAGGGAGUUGAAUUCCUAGUUUUAUAGAUAUAUUAUUAAUUUAUGCUCAGUUUCAACACUCAAAACAUUUUUUUUUUUACUGUUAUAUGUUUUAACCUGAGAGUGAAAACAUUAAGAGCUUUUUUUUUUAAUUCUCUAACUAGAAGUUAUUUCAUUUCUGCUAGUUUAAUUUACACACAAUAGCCUACAGCACAUUGUAGCAUUGUAUAUUUUGUAAACUAAAGGAAGAUCAUCGCAGUGAUAGACUUGAUUUAAAUCUUUGAUAGAAAGCUAUUUCACUGAUUGCUUGAGAAUUUUAUAAGCUAUUGCUUUUUAAGUUUUAAGUGCACAUUGUUUUGUUUUUGUUUUUUGGUGGGAAGGUUGCACAAUUAUUUUUGUCUACCCAAUUUUUGAUUCAAUAAAUAAUUUUGUAA